UUACAAAUUAAAGCGUAUUUUAUAUAAAUCUUUAAUCUUACUGAUAUUUUGUCAACUUCAUGGCGAAAUGCAGUCCUGAAGAAGAUUUUUGGUGUAAAGUUAAUGAGUUUACUCAAGAGUUAGUUAGUUUAAAAAGAGUUUCACUCUUAGGAAUAGAGACAAUUCAUACGAAAAGACAAAUCUUCAGUCUCAAUUACUUAUCAAAAGAAGAAAUUUUAGAAAAGAUUGAGAAUUUGAUAAAAGAUUUUUUAAUAAACAUAGCAAACAAUAGUUUACCUAAAUUUUCAAUCAAUAAGCGCGGUGGUAAUUUCAAUACAGAUUAUUUAAAAGAUUCUGGUUUUCGUAUGAUAGAUGUUGUGGAAGCCAGUGAUGUUUCACUUUCACAUUUACCUUCACUUCGAAAAUAUACCAUAAUGAUGGUAUGUUUGUGUCACUGCUACAAGCUUAUUUUAAUGGGUAAACACUCAACAAAACGUGAUAUUUAUUAUUCUAAUGUUAAUCUCUUUGUUUGUCAAGGUUAUGUAGAUGAUUGUCUAGCAAAUAUUUCAUGUAUGUUGGGUGUUCCACGUAAUUCAUUAAAUGUAUUAUCAUCAGCAAAAGGGCUAAUUUAUGGUUGCUUAAAAUAUACUAAUCAAAAUAAUUUAACAGUUAAUUGCUAUGAUCAAGUUACACAAAUUCCAUCUGAAAUAGAAAGCAUUCAAAUUAUUCAGAUAACAGCAAGAUACAUCUUAGUAAUCGAAAAGGAAGCAAUUUUUCAAAGGAUAGCUGAACAUGGGUUUCAAGAGAAAUUAGGUCACAGUUUAAUAAUAACUGGUAAAGGUUUUCCAGAUGUCAACACUCGUAUGCUGCUAAACAAAAUAUGUAAACAUGUAUCAAUACCUGUGUUUGCACUUGUGGAUGCGGAUCCUCAUGGAAUUGAAAUAAUGUUUGUGUAUAAAUUUGGAUCAAAAUCAAUGUCAUAUGAAGCUGAGCAUUUGACAUGUCCUUCAAUGAAAUGGCUAGGUAUUCUCCCUAAAGACAUUAUUGGCAUGCGUAUACCUAAUAGAGUACUUAUUCCACUUUCACAAAAUGAUAAUAAAAAAUUAUUAGACCUAAUGAAUCGUCCUUAUGUGUUACAAAAUAAAGAUUAUAAAGAGCAAAUAAAUUUUUUGCAUGAAUCAGGUUUAAAAGCAGAGAUUGAGUGCUUGGAUUCAAUAUCUCAUACGUAUAUAACUGAUAUAUAUUUACCACUUAAACUACGAAAUGGAGUUUGGAUAUAAGUCAUUAAAGUUAUUUAAAUAGACUUUGAGUAAAUAUUUAUUAGAGUUUACAGCUUUGCAAUUGAAGCUGUUAAAAUAUAAACUUGUGUUAUUUAUAUGGUUAUUGAUAAGAUGAUAUCGAAAAAUUUUCAGAUUUAUUAAAUAAAUUUUUUUAUCGAAUAGUUAAUUCAAGUUUUUAUGAAAUUUUAUUUUAAGAGCAUAAAUUAUAUACAUGCUUUAAAUAUUUUAAAGUUGUUUUUACUUAUAUAAAAUAGGGUCACCAGUUGUCUGGGUUUUAUGGAGGAAAAUACAGUUCUGAACCAAAACCAAAAUUUUUAUGGCGCUCUUCUUUGUAAAACUCGGGCAUCUGCUAAACCUAAAUAAAAUGCUUUACUGAAUGUUUUUUUAUUUAUAAUAUAUAUUUGCUUUUUUGUUCUAAUAUAUAUUUUGCUUUAACUCCUUGAAUAUACUUACUUUGAGUAUAAAUACUGAACACAAAGAAUAUAUUACAAGUUUUUAACAAAGAAUGUACUUUGCUUUUACUCUAAGAAUAUAAGUAAAAAUUUUCUCCAUCUGCAAGUAAUUUGGCGAAGAAAUGGUUAAGUGAACAUAAGUGUUUUAAUAAAUUUAUUGUUUGAAUUCUCAAGAUUUUCUCAAUGGUUCAUAAAGGGUUAAAAACUGAAAAUGGAUUUUUCUUCAUACAAAUUGAAGCUAAAUUUACAUAGUAUUAAGUGAGAUAAAUAAUGAGCACUCUUUAUCGAAGUUAUUUAUCUGAAGAAGAAAAAUUUUUAAUGGCUUUGCAGAGAAAUUUAAAAGACCAGAUUAGUCGUUUAAAAGUUGAAGAGAUGACCCUUAUAUCAUUGAUCACUAAUUUUACAAAUGAGACAAACAGUUCUACAAAUCAAACAAAUGAUUUUGAAAAAGAGACAACACAAUCAACUCAACCAAUUUCAACCGGUCUUCAAUAUAAUUAUGACUCUGACGAAAAUAUUUCGCUACAAGAACUACGCUCGAAACUCGUGCUUGUUAAUAAUGAUAAAAAGAAUAACGAAGUAAAUGAUUUGAAAAACGAUCAAUUCGUUAACAAAAUUCCUCUUAAGUUUGAAUUUAAUUUAAACAACUUGCCAAAUACUUCACAUGAUAGUGAAAAUGAUUUUGAAGAAGAACAUUACGAUAAUGACCAUGAUGAUGAAGAAGAAUCAGAUGAAUUUUUAUAAGCAGUAGAAUAUCUGAUUGAAAAAUUAAAAUACGGUUUACUGUUUA